AUGGCGAUUAAAGAUUGGGGUUUACUGUCGCAAACAGAUGAAGAUGCGCUUCACAAUGUUUCGCGACUCCUUGCCGUCGAGGCCCGUCCGUACACGAACGCCGCUGGUCGCCUACUGAAGCCCGAAUUCUUCGAGGAUGCGCGCCCGAAACAACUGCCCUCUCCACCGCCAGAUGCUUCAGCCGCCGAGGAGGAGGCCGCAGCGAUAGUAGUUGAGCGUGAACAGCAGGUACACAACAUCGAGAUAUGGCGCAAAGACAUUAUGAACGAGCUGUCGCUUCUCGACUUUGCCAUUCUCCGCGCCGAAUUCACUACGAAAAGCAACCACACGGAGCGCGAGCGAUACGCUGUAGACAAAACAGCUAUUGAAGCCAAGCAGGAGCACGUCCGAAAGACCAUAGAAGAUCUGCGCGUGCGCCUAGUCGAGGCCAAGGAGACGCUUGCCGUGCGCAAGAAGUACGAUGAGCUGACGGAGAAGAUCACUAGCAGCAAGAUGCUGAAGCCUCGGGAUGAGCAAGCACUAGCUCACGUUAAGCUGGACCAGGAGAUUUCGGAACUCGAGCAUGAAGUACAGUCAGCAAAGGAUACGUGGAGUGACCGACGCACCCAGUUUGGACGUAUUGAAGAGGAGGCACGGGGGAUGCUGCGCAUGAUCAAAGACGAGAAGGAGGAGGCCGAGCGCAAAGAGGGCAUGAUGAAGGAUGAUGACGGCGAGGGUGAGGGCAGCACUUCGAGAGGAGACAUUAGCCACGCUGGUACGCCGCGACCUGAUGGUGGCAUGACGCCCGGGCAUGCCAGUCAGAGUGGAGAGGCAUCGUCGCUGCGAGUCCCGCCACAUGAUCGCCUAAGGCCUCUGUCGCGCGAAGUAAGCGUCGUGCGGUCGCCUGCCAGAUCUAAUGUUGUUGAUGACACGGAAAUGGCCGAUUCAGGAGCGAACUCUGGGGAUGCUCAUGCGGACUACUCUUCCGGCCUAGAAGAGGGCGAGGAUUUGGAGGACGGUGAGGAGGAUGGCGAAGAGCCUUCGAUUGAUAUGGACGAGUCGUGA